AUGAGAGGGUUCAUUCCGUACCGAUAUGGGAAGCAAUUAGAAAAUAACAAAAACAUUGCCCGACGCCCGAUCCGCUCGGCUCCAGCUAAAAGUCAGAGGCUCAAAGUGACUGUCUCGAUAGAACCGUUGGGCAGCAGGCAGCAGCUCACACCUGUUCCGGACCCGGGCGUUCGAAUCUUAGAUCUGCGCCCCCGCGAGCGCUCUGAGAAGAUCAACUCGGCUCAGUCGGGAGAAAGACAACGGAACUGCUCCCAAGCAAAGAUGCCACCAUCCAUCGCGAAGAAGAAAUCAACGACGAAGACAACGACAUCAACGAAAACGACGAAGGAUGAGAGCGUUAGAUGCCCUCACGAAUAUUGUGGGAAAAUCCUCAAAAACAAAUGGAACAUGCGAGUGCAUUUGCUCAGACACGAUGGGGAGCGCCGACACUCUUGCACUUUGUGUCCCAAGAAGUUUUUCACCGGCUGCGAUCUCAAAGCUCACACACGUGCCCAUAAAGGGGAGAAACCCUAUGUCUGCUCUGUUUGUUCGAUGGGCUUCGCCGCAAAAUCGAAUCUCACCGUUCACUUACGUUUCCACACCGGAGAAACGCCGUAUGCGUGCAGGGAGUGUCCAGCGAGCUUCAAGAUCAAGUCUCACUUGAAUGACCAUCUACGCUGCCACACCGGGGAGCGGCCUUUCCCUUGUACUCAAUGCGCGUCGAGUUUCUCCACCUCGUCCAGUCUACGCUCUCAUCUGCUCAUACACAAUGACAAACGCUUCCGUUGUGAUGAGUGCAGGUUGAGUUUCUGUCGGAAAGCCGAGCUCAAGAGUCAUAAAGCAAGGCACGCCGAGAAAAAGCCUUUCGCUUGCACAGAAUGCGAUAGAACUUUCAAAGCGCCUGCGCUUCUUGAGGUGCAUAAACGAGUGCACUCCGGAGAGAGACCUUACGUUUGCAAAACUUGCGGGAAAAGUUUCGUGCGCGUAUCAGGUUUGGAGAGCCACUCUAUCGUUCACAGUGGGGACAGACCUUAUUCAUGCCCGGUCUGUGCGAAAACAUUUGCCAGGAAGCAAUACCUCAAAAUCCACGGCUCCGAAAUGACGAGGAAAGUACAGCAAACUGUCGGGGCGGAGGACCAGAGUGUGAAGUGUCCUCUCGAUCAUUGUGGCAAAGUUCUGCGAAGCAAAUCAAGCAUGCGUGUGCAUCUUUUGCGGCACAGGGGAGAGCGACGGCAUGCUUGUACGGAAUGUACUUCACGAUUUUUCACGAGCUCGGAUCUCAGAGUUCAUACCCGCGCUCACAAAGGAGAAAAACCUCACCUCUGUUCGGUCUGUUCGAUGGGAUUCGUGACCACAUCAAAUCUCGUCGUACACGAGCGUACCCACACGGGAGAGAGACCGUACGCCUGCAGAGAGUGUCCAGCGAGCUUCAAGAUCAAAUCUCAUCUCAAUGAUCACCAGCGUUCCCACACAGGCGAGCGGCCGUUCCCGUGUAGCUCAUGUUCUUUGAGCUUCGCCACCUCGUCGAUGCUGCGGUCACACCAAAUAGUGCACGAUGACAGACCGUACCGUUGUGACAGCUGUCGGUCGGGAUUUCUCCGGAAAGCCGAGCUGGAGAAACAUAAGGCAAAGCACGCUGAAGAGAAGCCUUUCGCCUGCGAUGAAUGCCCCAAUACCUAUAGAUAUAUCGGGCAACUCGAGGAUCAUAAGAGAGCUCAUUCUGGGGAGAAACCUUUCAAAUGCUCAACUUGCGGAAAAUCUUUUGCGCGGUCCAUCGGGUUGAAGAGCCACGAGAUCGUCCACAGUGGAGAGAGACCUUACGCCUGUGAAGUCUGUGAGAAGACCUUUGCCCGGAAGCAUAGUCUCCGAACCCACGAGAAGGUUCACACCAAGGAGAAACCAUUUACUUGCGAUCAGUGCGGAAUGGAAUUCGCUCAGAAGUUGUAUAAUGUCUAUGCUCACAAAAGAUUACAUGAACGUGGGGAAAGCUUCAAGCAGAGGAGCCACAUCAAUCGUCACCUCAAGAAACACAAAAUCGCGAAACCUCCGGCUACUGCGAGUGGCAAGGACGCUCCGAGUCAAGAGAAUAUUCCGAGCGAGGAUGAUACGCUGAAAACGUGA